AUGCGCUGCCUCCGCCGCGCGGGCGCGGCCGCCCACCUGCUCCGCUCCGCGACGACCGGCCCCGCCAAGCACGCUCGCACGGCCCUCGAGCAGAUGCCUCCGCCGCCUGCCGCCUUCCCAUGUCGCGCGCGCGCCCACCACCUGCUCGGAGGAAUGCGCGGCCAGUGGCUCUGCACGGCGACGGGGUCCACCGGCGCCCCCGACCUCGCCGUGGACCAGCACUUCACCGUGGUGCCUGGCCUAGGCCCCGAUGUCUCCGAGGUGGCGGGGCUCACCGGCGCCCACGAUCUUGCCGUGGACCAGGACUUCACAGUGGUGCCCGGCCCAGGCCUCGAUGUCUCCAAGGAGGCGGAGAGGGUCUGCCGCGUGCUGUCCACCGUGCCGGAGCCGAGGGUUGCGUCAGCCCUCGACGCGCUCGGGGCCUCUGUGUCGCCUCAGCUCGUGGCGGAGGUGCUCAAGAACCUGAGCAACGCUGGCAUCCUCGCCCUCGCCUUCUUCCGGUGGGCGGAGAGGCAGCAAGGCUUCAUGUACACGGCGGAGAGCUUCCACAACCUCAUCGAAGCGCUCGGCAAGAUCAAGCAGUUCAGGCUGGUCUGGAGCCUGGUGGAGGCCAUGCGGUGCCGCGGCUUGCUUUCCAAGGACACGUUCAGGCUCAUCGUCAGGAGGUACGCCAGGGCAAGGAAGGUCAAGGAAGCUGUCGAGACUUUUGAGAAGAUGGCCGGCUUCGGGCUCAAAGCAGACUUAUCAGAUUACAAUUGGUUGAUCGACGUGCUGAGCAAAUCCAAGCAAGUCAAGAAGGCGCAAGCCAUCUUCAAGGAGAUGAAGAGGAACGGAAAGUUUGUUCCCGAUUUGAAGACCUACACUGUCCUCAUGGAAGGCUGGGGCCAUGAGAAGGACUUGCUGAUGCUUAAGUCGGUGUACCAAGAAAUGCUUGAUGCAGGCCUGAAGCCUGAUGUCGUGGCAUACGGGAUGCUCAUUAGUUCCUUUUGCAAGUCUGGCAAAUGUGAUGAGGCCAUCAAGGUGUUCUGUGAGAUGGAAGCCAAUGGUUGCAUGCCAAGCCCUCAUGUGUAUUGCAUGCUUAUCAAUGGGCUUGGCUCAGAGGAGAGGCUGGAUGAGGCUUUGAAGUAUUUUGAGCUUUCUAAGGCCAGUGGGUUUCCCAUGGAGGUACCUACAUGUAAUGCAGUUGUUGGGGCUUACUGCAGAGCCUCAAAAUUCCAGCAUGCCUUCAAGAUGGUCGAUGAGAUGAGAAAGAGUGGAAUCGGUCCAAAUUCCCGGACUUAUGAUAUUAUUCUUCACCAUCUUAUAAAGUCUCAGAAGAUAGAAGAGGCUUAUAAUGUGUUCCAGGGAAUGGGCAAGGAUGGCUGUGAACCUCAGCUCAACACAUAUACAAUGAUGGUUAGUAUGUUCUGCAGUAAUGAAAGGGUUGAUGUGGCCUUGAAGGUGUGGAACCAAAUGAAGGAGAAGGGUGUUCUGCCAUGUAUGCACAUGUUUUCUGCAUUGAUCAACGGGUUAUGCUUUGAGAACAGGCUGGAAGAAGCUUGCGUAUAUUUCCAGGAGAUGUUGGACAAAGGGAUCAGGCCACCUGGUCAGCUUUUCAGUAAUUUAAAGGAAGCUCUUAUUGAGGGAGGAAGAAUUAGUCUGGCACAGGAGAUGGCUUUGAAGUUGGAUGGAUUACGGAAAACACCUAUGCGUCGUUGA